UAUUACGAUAAAAUAAAACGUAAAAUUGAUAAAAAUAAUUAUGAUAUGAAGUCGAUUAAUAAUAACAACGAGAAAGGUUCAAAAAUCCUCUCGAAAAGCGAUUAUAACGUUUUAGAAAUUUUUCAUGCUUUAAUACAAAUACAUAAUACAAAUGAUAGAAAACGAUUAUCCUUGCUAAAUUCAACUACAAAACUCCUAACAAACGCUAGCAACGUACUCACAACAGAGGAAUUUCUUUAUUGCUUGAGCUCCAACUUUGUACAUCAACUUACGCAAGUGAGAGCUGGUGCUUUACGAGUAACGCGAUACCUUUUAAAGACAACACAUGACCUACAAACAUUUAACAGCCUUAAAUUGGACUUAUUAGUUUGUAGGAGUUUGGAUAUUCUACUUAAAAAUGAAGAGGAAAGAAUUCAAGCUCUCAAAUUAAUCAGAAAAAUGAUUAUGAUUUUACCUGAUCUUGUUUCUCCAGCUUUGGUGCGAUGCUUAGUGGCAUUAGUAGAUACAUCAAUGGUUGAAAAUACGAAACCAGAUCGAAUAGUUCGUGCUUGUCUAGCAACUCUAUCCGAGCUUGGAGUUCUUAACCCAAGGCUUCUUAUUGUUUGCAAUGGAGUAUCAGUUCUAACAAGAAAUGUACUUGAAUGUGAUUCACCAAGAAUAGCUGAAAGCUUAGUAGGCGUUCUUUUACAUUUACUUGAAUAUCCUCAAACGAGAAAUAUUGCUGGUGUAAGUCUCGAUUGUCUUGCGGCGCCUUAUUGCGAUUUCACUUAUAGACUCGGUAUCAUGGACAAAAACAAAGACGCACGAGAUUUAAGGUUUAAAUGUUCAAGAUUAGCUCUCUUAUCGGUGCUGAGAAGUUGGACAGGAGCACUUGAGUUUUGUAAUCCAAGCAAAGCAUCCGGUUUGAAGGCAAUCAUUGAUAUCCUUUAUUUAAAUCAAUUGGAAGUGAGAAAAGCAAUAUUGGAUCUAUUAUAUGAACUACUUGGUCUUCCACAACCGGCAUGGACUGACGAAUAUUCCGUAGCUUUAGCUGCUGUUGAUCCCUCCGAUUAUCAGGAUGAGUGGCGUCUUGCCGAAGGAUUUGUUGCAAUGGAAGGACGAUCUGUAUUGCCUAGUCUCGCAAAUAAAGUGCCCAACAUAUGUGAAAUUCAUCAAGCCUUCCUUGUUUAUUGUUUCAUCGAAAACGGACUUCUUAAUGCCUUAGUAGAAGUGAUUGUGAGUAGUGACACAUUCAUAUCUGUUCGUGCAACAAUUCUACUCGCCAAACUUCUCCAGUUGAUUCAUACGAUGUUACCAGCUGAUAUUUGUAGUACGUCACCCUCACUUCCAACGUUGGUAUCGAAAGCAACUGGUGGAAAUCAUCAAGCAAAAGCAGCAAUAUCAGCACUCCAAAUGUAUCAUCAAAUGCUGAGAAAUCGACCAGCAACAUGCAGUCUCUAUUUGGAUGUCAUCAUUCAAAAUGGAGAAUUGAUUAAAACGAGGCUAUUUAAACGGGAAAUUGAUGCUCAAAAGAGCUUAUCGAAGUCAGCUAGUCUCUCGCUGUUUGAACGAAUACGAACAGACUCUAUUGGCUCAAAUGAUGCUAGCGGUACAUUCUGGGAUUACUGGGAUGUAUUGCGAGAUACAAAUAGUUUAGGAAAUGAAUCAGGGACAAUGAAAGAUCGAUCGAAGCGAUCAAAAGUUAUUCGACAGAAGGUCUUGGGAUUUUUCGAAAAGUUCAGGGAGAAUGAGCGACUCAUCAAGGAAUCUAUGGUGCUUACACAUGUCGAUCCAAAGAUGUGGGACUGGGACAUUGUUGUCACCAUAUUCAAAAAUAAAUCCCUCAGCACGAAGCUCGAUGAAAAUCAACUAAAAUUCAUUAAAACCCUAACGCAUUACUUCAAGCCGAGUAGCAAUAAAUUUUCACAUAUGGAAUUAGGGCUUGGGCGACUUUUACCAUCAAAUGUAAAUGUUGGAAUCGAACUCAUUGAUUAUCUCUUAGAGCAGAUUGAUGAGCUGGAAUAUAUGCGAAUUUUAACAGAUUGGUGCUCGGAUAUAAGCAUCCAUUUGCAAGCGAUUUGUAAAAAGAAGCCACACGAUUGUCUUUUUAGUCCAAGUCAUAUGAAUAAUACAAUGUGUCAACAAUAUUUUCUCUUCAUUGGUCGUAUAUGCCGAUCUGUUAAAGGUGUAACGAUCCUCAAGAACACCGACAUUUUAAAGCAUUUGAUGUAUUUGGUUGCCAACACAAAUCACACGAUAUAUGUGAAGUUGAUUGUAUCAGGUUUAGAUUAUUCAUUAACAUCGUCCAUUCAUUAUCCACGUCUUAUAUUGGAGAAAGCUUUAACGUCAUCACCAAGUCAUUCGUCUCGUUUGUAUGCGACACAAUUUCUUCUGGUGUUAUUGAGAGCUCGAUUACCAACAGUCGAAGAAUGGGGAAUUUUGCUGCUUAUGAAACAACUCAACGAUAAAGAUCGCGCAAUUGUAUUAACAGCUCUUGAGAUUCUCGAUGAAGCAUGUCAUGAGAAUAUUUACCUUUUGGAGCUUGCGCAUGUGUGGCCUGAUCUUUCUAAACAUCAUGAGCUGGGUAAAUACAUCAUGAUGAGAUUCUAUUCAGUUCCUCGUGGAAUGAAUCAUCCAAGUGCCAAUGUGAAAAGUGAAAUUGAUUUGUGGGUGAAUGUGUUCAAUAAGAAAUAUGUUUUAUAUGUUGAAUCGGAAACUCACUCGUCAUUAACACUUCACACGAAAAAUGAAGAAGGCUUUUAUAGCACUAGAAACAGUAGUCUUAAUCAACGUCAAAUCAUCACAUCAAAGAACCUUCCUUGUCAUUUAUACGGUGCACUUGCUCAAACGAUACGUGGAAUUGGCUACUUACAGAAACAUGGCAACGUGUCGCAACUUCUCGACAUUCUUUCAUCCGCCAGAUGUGGAAAUGAAGAAGAAUGUUUAAAUUUAAAAUCAGCUCUUUGGGCUCUUGGUCAUGUGGCGACAAAUCUUGAUGGCGUUGAAUUUCUUAACGAUACAAGUUCACACGUUUUCGAGAAAAUUAUUCGUCUUACGAAAUAUUGUGAAGUUUAUUCAAUUCGUUCGACGGCCUUCAAUGUUUUAAAUCUGAUAGGCUCAACAGUUGCUGGUGCAAAUGCCUUAUUUAAGCUCGAUUGGGCUUCUGUUCGACACGAUCGUAACAAUGAAUUUCCAAUUUUGGAACCUGAAGAUUGGCACUUGAAGUAUCCGUCACCCGUUCGUUAUAAUCACGAUGUACCUGCUUACAAUUACGGUGCGAUCAAUGAAAAUCUUUCGAAUCUCACAUCGACAAGUCUAAACCCAUCAUUUUAUGUUGCCGAUGCUAGUGACGCAACAACAUUGAAGGAUGAUUCGAUUCAUGAUGGUGACAUGUCAACGUCAACACAACGAUCACGAACACUUCCAGCUGGUACACUUCCAUCUCAAAUGCAACAACAAAGAAGUGGUGCAAAGCACAUUAGAUCAUUAUCCGAGUCAAAGACAUCGGAUGGAUUGUCAGGGAUGGUAAUUAAUCGAACACGAUUCAAUUCUGGAGAUUCAAAUACUUCAGGUGUGAGCAGUUGUGAUUCUGUCAACAUGAGAGCUGUUAUAAAUGAAAGAUUCCGUCGAGUUUCAUUGACGGGUACGCCAAUACGAGACACAUCACAAUUAACCGAUCAGGAUGUUCAUGGCUAUAAAAAGUUACGACAAAUUCGAAGAAAUUUAAGGCCUAUGUUGAGUGAAUCAGCAGCUGAUGAUCUUGCAGAUAUUUAUGAAAAUGAAGGGAAUGGGCGAUCAGCGGUACGAACACUUUUACCAUCAUUUUCUCUAGAUUCGAAACGAAGAAACAUUCUCAGUAGAAAUAUUGAGAGGCAAAGCGUUAAUAUCUCAGGAAUUGAUGAUAUUCAAAAAAAUAUUUAUGUGGCCAAAUUGUUAACUCAAGUCGAUACCAAAGGUCCUUGUUAUAGAGGAAUCUGUCUUCCAAGAAAUAUUCUUGAUUUAUUUCCUGAAACGAGUCAUAGUGGAACGUACGUAUCACGCUUCAUUCAGGAAUUCGAUAAUCUUGAACUAAAUUUAUCGGCUUCAUCGAUUCUGACAAAGAAUCAAUAUUUGCAUGAUAGAGAUAUAACAGGAGCACCAGAUGAGUCGGCAGUUUCAAGUAUGUCAGAUUUAUCAACAGGAAAUAAGCGAACGAGAAAGAAAACAAUCACAACAUCAAUAUUUGAUUCAGCAAAUCUUGUCACAGAAACAACAUUCGCCGUUGGAUCUACAAGUUCAGGUGGAACAAAUCAAAAACAUAAUAAAAGUGAAUGUUUGAUGUGUUGUCGAACUCAAGUUAUUAACAAGAUCAUCGACACAACUUCACUCAAUAUUCAAGAAUCGAAAGAUGCAACAACCACAAUCGCAACAAAUUUAAAUGGAAAGACACGCGACCCGGACGUUUCAUUAUAUUCACCAGAAAGCAUUAUCAGCGAUGAUUCCGCGAAUACCAACAUGCCCGAUCGAAUAACAAGCACAAUCCUGAGGAAUGUCAUAAAAAUGGCGAAUCCAAUAAUGUUUAAAGCAUGUCGGAAGAUUCUUAUGGAACUCAAACAAAAAUAUCCGCAAUCAUUUCAAGAUAUUUGCUUAUAUUCAGACAUAUGCAAGCACAUGUCAAAAUGCUCUUAUCGUUUGACUGUACGACGUUUCAUUCAAGAAAUCUUUCUCGAUCUUAAUUACGAUGCUUUUUCUAAUGGCGUCGAUUUAGUUCUUGAAGUUGCUCAACAGCGCUUGACUGAUCUAAAACUAUUAAAUAACUCAAAAUUAUUUCCUUUAUCAUCGCCACCAUCAUCAUCUCAGUCUCAUCACACCUCAAAUGUUCCAUUGUCUUCAAUUCCCAUUCCAAUAGCACCACAUAAAAUUCAUUCGCUGAAAUCACCUUUAUUGGCGAGUGUUUAUGAAACGAGCGUUGAAAAUCUUAUGGAUUCUCCGCCACAAAUCACCAAAGAUGAAGUAGAUGCUAUAGUUACACUAAGAUCAUCUGAUCGUAAAGACGAUUCAAUGUCGAAGUCGACGACACAAGUAACAGCGGAAGUUCAUCCACAUCGUUAUAGUUUCGAAUCAAGUGUUGUUGAACCCCAUGAACCCAUAAGACGCCGACGCUUUAAAACAUUAGAUUUAAGUUGUACAAAAAAUAUAUUUCCAAUCAAACAUCGCUUGGAGCCGUCAUCAUCAUCAUCAUUAUCUUCUGCACCUUCUGGACCAUUAGCAACCUCAACCCUCCGUCGACCGAUUUCGUUGAACACUGGCACUACUUCUACCGCUACUGCCGCCAACACAAGUAGUAGCAGAGACGGACAGAAAAUGCUAUAUAAGUCUGUCAUCUCUACAAGUGAUCAUAGCUUCGAUGUCACAUCAUCUCGUAGUCCAAUUUCGCCGACCUUAGGUACGUUGUUCUGCGAGCAGAGACUUUUACAAUCAUCACGUUCCGAGGCUACACUAACAAAUAAAAGUAAAAAUAGUAAGAAGACAAGUGACAAUGUCACAAGCGAUAAAUAAACGUUAUUUGUUUUUUGUUUUUUAAUUUCAAAGAAAAGAAGAAGAAAAAAGCUCGAAAUUGAUUCACAACAAAGCGACAAUUAAAUGCUUGAUGAAUAUUUAUUCACACACAGGAAAAGAAAAGAGAAAUCAAAUCAGAUAAACAUUUACAUAUAAAAAUAAGAGAUCCUACCGAACAAAACAUGAAAAAUGAAAAUGAAAGAAAUAACUUAUCACAACUCGUAUUCUCUACAUAUAUUUAUUAUAUGCAACAUAAUAAUACUUAUAUGUGGACAUAAAUAGACAAACAUCCCCACAAAAUAAUUAAUGAAAGAAAUAAGAAGGAAAAAAAAGAGAAACAUCCAAACAAAAAGACUCGAUUUUAUUUAAGCAAUUACUGUUUAAGGCAGCUUAUUAUAAUUUUAAUAAUUAAUAAUUUAAUGAUUUUCUUUAUUAUUUUAAAUAUCUCUUGCGCUUCAUAAUUUUAAUGCACAUAACUUUAGGUUUUAAUCAUCACUUACACCUCGCUUUAUUAAAAAAUAUGACGACACGACAUGAUAUGAUAUGAUAAAUAUGUACAUAAAUAUGACGAAGAAUCAUCUGAUUUAUUUCCUCAAUGUGACUGAAUGAAUAUUUUCCAACUCUUUUUUUCUUUUUUUAAGUAAAUCAAAUAGUUCUUUGUUAACAUCUAUACGAUUACGAGUGAAGGAAAAAAAAAAGUCUUCUUACUAUUAUUACUUGAAAAAGGAAGAAAUCGGUUUUUAAAAUUUUCUUGUUUUCUUAAUUGAUAGAAAAGAAAGAAGUGAAUUCUUUUCUUUCUCAUAAGAAAAGCUUUUUGAAUGUCUUUUUAUGAUUCCAUAUUUCAAAAACUUUCCCUAAAAUUAUUCAACGAGGAGAAUUGGCCGAAAAUAAUUUAUAUUUAUUUACAAAGGAGAAAUUUGGCUCUUUGGGGAUGAUUAUCGAAGUAUGGAAGAGUGACAUUCAAAUUGAUAUUAUCUUGUUUCCUAAAUAGCUACACAUAUAUCUGCAUAUAUUUAACAAAAAUAAACAUUUUUAUCUUAAAUAUCUAUCGAAGAAUAUUUUAAAGAAAUUUUCUUCUUCGACAUCAAUUGAAGAUAAGAAAAUGAGAGGAAGAAAUCUCCCCGAUGAGGUUUACAGUAAAUAAAUAAUUUAUUAAUUUAUUUCAUUGAAAACAAAAGCAAAUACAUAAGC